GGCAAUGAGACAGUGGGCGGCGCGUGAACGUAGCGUCUCUCCUCGCGCGCGCUGAGAUCUUAUAGUGAAUGAAACACUGGCGUGGGAAAGAAGAGCUGUGUGCGUGAAACGUCGAUAUGGAUCCACAGUAACGUUCAUGCGCUGGCUAUUAUUUUUCUUUGCUUUGAGCGCGUGUAAAGACAGUUGAAAGUGAAGAUGCGUCUGGUGACGGUCACAUCACAUCUGAUCAUCGCACAGCUGUUGCUCAUCUGUCACACAGAUCUGGCCACGCCGUACCUGAGAGGUCAGCGCAAAUUCGCCGAGGAUGUCGACUGGUCUUACACAGGAGCCCUCAAUCAGAAGCAUUGGGCCAAGAAAUAUCCAGUCUGUGGUAAUGCCAAACAGUCACCCAUUGACAUCCAUGAAGACUUCACUCAGGUCCGGAUACAGUACCAGGACCUGCAGUUUGAGAACUGGGACCGGCCAACCUCCGAGUCCACUACCAUCACCAACAAUGGAAAAACAGUGGUGAUCAGUCUGGACGGUCCGUAUCACAUUAGUGGAGGAGGGCUCAGGUCCAGGUUUAAAGUGGGCAGAAUUAUGUUCCACUGGGGUCGAUGUAACGCCACUUCAGACGGUUCUGAACACAGUCUCAACAGCAACUCAUUCCCCCUGGAGAUGCAGAUAUAUUGUUUUGAUGAGGAGGAGUUUGAAUCUGUGGAUGAGGCUAUAAGCAGUGGAGGACACAUUACUGCUCUCGCUGUCCUCUUUGAGGCCAGUUACGAAGACAACCAGGACUAUGCUGCCAUUAUCGAAGGAGUGAACAGCGUGAGCCGAUUCGGUAAAAGCAGUCUACUAGAACCAUUUUCUCUGCUGGCUCUACUGCCACAAUCCACACAAAAAUACUUUGUGUACAAUGGCUCGCUCACAGCGCCGCCCUGCUUGGAGAAUGUGGAGUGGAUUGUGUUCAAAAACACCGUGGCCAUCUCAGAAGCCCAGCUGGAGGUGUUUUGUGAGGUUAUGACGAUACAACAAGCUGGAUAUGUGAUGUUGACCGACUAUCUGCAGAAUAACUACAGAGAACAACAGCAGCAGUUCAUGGGACAAGUGUUCUCGUCUUACACGGGCACAGAAGAGAUCCCUGCGCCAAUGUGCAGCUCAGAACCGCAGAACGUUCAGGCGGAUCCCCAGAACGACACGGUCAUCGUAGUGACGUGGGAGCGGCCGCGGGUCGUAUACGACACCACCAUUGAGCGUUACUCUGUAACAUACCAGAGACUUCAGGGCAAAGACCCUCCUAAGCGACAGUAUUUAACUGAUGGAGACCAAGAUGUGGGGGCCAUUAUACACAACCUGCUAGCAAACAGUAGCUAUGUUGUCCAGGUGGUGGCGCUGUGCAACAAUGGAUUGACUGGAAAAAUGAGCGACCAAGUUAUAGUGGACAUGCCACUGGAAGACCCUGUAAAUGAGCCGGAUCUGUUCAGUGAUGCUACAGAGUUGGAGGAAUACAUUGAGGUGCCCUCAGAACCCCCGUCUGCAAAGAGCAGAGUAACUCCACAGUCCCUGGCUGGUCGAACCAGUUCAAUUUCCAUCACCACAGCAACGGACCAACCAGGCUUCCUUUUCCCCGUUGCUAGGACAACCGCCGUUACUGUCAAACGAAAAAUGACAGAGGAAUCUUCUUUGUCAUGGUCCCCCGAUCAAAAUAAGACAGGAAAUGACAUUAAGCGUCCACAGAGCAGACUCGUUCCAGAGGAGAGUGGUCAACUUCCUCACGGCAACAUGGCGGUCACUGACGUCUACUAUGAAGAUGUUCUCAACAUCAGCACCACGAAAUCCACACCUGACCCUGUUAACAAUCUUCUUAAUCUAAUCACACAGCCAGGACGGGUGGUGUCAAGACAGCCAGCAGGGGUGAACACCAUCACACCUCCUCCAAAUAAUCUGAACACUGUUGCAUCAACCACAGGCUCAUCUAUGUCUGCGUCUAUGAAGAUCAUUUCCCAGACCACUCAGCCGCUGUUUAAUGCUGCAAUGCUCGGUAACCGAAGGGUAACCUCCCAUACCACCGCAAAUCUCCAUGAAUCCCCGACUCGCUUCACAACCCCGUUUUCAGAUGAGGGCUCUGGCAAACUGCUCUCUGACAAUGAACAGGGAGACUUCAGUGGAUCUGGUUUUUCUGCUAUCUUCCUGGAGGAGCUCGAACGGGAAUGGGAGCUCGAACAGAAACACUCAGCCAUGAAAAAAGAGGCACGGAGUGAUUUACAAGCAAAUGUGAGCAGUAUAACUGAGGAUGAAAAUAGCGAGUCCUCCACAUUCGACUUUGAUAGCGAGCGAGAUCCCGCCACCACUGAAGAACCAAAGAACCCAGGUUUCGUUUCGUGGGUGACUUGGUCCGCCGAGUCAGACGCUGGUUCGGGACAUGGAGGGUCAGGGUCUCCUCAAAUAGAUGGUUUACCCAUACAGAUUAUAAUUCCUGAUCUUACUUUGAUAAAGAACACAGAGGCGAGUAACAGCAGUCCAGAGUCCCGUGUCGGGAUGGUGGGAGGGACGGAUAAGGAGACUCGGACAGUUGUUCCUCUAGCUGUGGUUUCCACACUAACUAUCUUGUGUCUGCUGGUCCUGGUGGGAAUCCUCAUCUACUGGAGGAGAUGUUUUCAUAUGGCACAGUUUUAUGUGGAGGACAACAUUUCAGCCCGAGCCAUUUCAGCCCCAUCAACACCUCUGCUUUUACCUACAGAAGAUAAUGAAGCUCUGACAGUAAAAGAGUUUGUGAAACACGUUGCUGAUCUUCAUGCAAAUCACACCUUCUCUAAAGAAUUUGAGAUCUUGAAAGAGUGUUAUGAGGAGAUUCAAAGCUGUACAGCAGAUAUAACAACUGACAGCUCCUGCCAUCCAGACAAUAAGAGCAAGAACAGAUACAUCAACAUUCUGGCCUAUGAUCACAGUCGAGUUAAACUCUAUCAAAACUCAGACAAAGAUGGAAAGACUGGAGACUACAUUAAUGCCAACUAUGUGGAUGGCUACAAUCAGCCAAAAGCAUAUAUCGCUGCUCAGGGUCCAUUGAAGAGCAGUGUUGAAGACUUCUGGAGGAUGAUAUGGGAACAAAACGUCGGUGUAAUUGUCAUGAUCACCAAUCUAGUAGAGAAGGGUCGGAGAAAAUGUGACCAAUAUUGGCCUGUGGAGAAUCAGGAAGACUACGGCUGCUUUUUCGUCUCCCUGAAAAGCACCAAAACCUUUGCCUACUACACGCAGAGAACGUUCACUUUGAGGAACAUUAACAUCAAAAAGGGGUCACAGAAGAGCCGUGGUCAGGAGAGAACAGUGGUUCAGUUUCAUUACACACAGUGGCCUGACAUGGGGGUCCCAGAAUACACACUUCCUCUACUCUCUUUUGUGCGGACGUCGUCUCUGGCCCGGACUGGCGAUAUGGGGCCUGUGGUAGUACACUGCAGUGCUGGUGUGGGAAGAACAGGCACCUACAUUGUAAUAGACAGCAUGCUUAAACAGAUCAAAGAGGAGGGGACGGUGAACAUCAUGGGCUUUCUCAAACACAUCCGUACCCAGAGGAACUACCUGGUACAGACAGAGGACCAGUACGUCUUCAUACAUGAUGUUUUGGUGGAGGCUAUCAAGAGCAAAGAGACGCUGGUUUCAUCUAGUCACAUUCACAACUACGUAUCUGAUCUUCUUACACCUGGACCUACAGGCCAGACACGCCUGGAGAAACAGUUCAAGCUGGUGAGUCAGAGUUGUGUGAAACAGACUGAGUACACAGCGGCUUUAAAAGAAUGCAACGCAUUUAAGAACAGGAAGUCUUCUCUGAUGCCUGUGGAGAGAUCAAGGGUCAGCCUAUCCACAGCUCCUGGAGAUUCCUCAGACUACAUCAAUGCCUCUUAUGUAACGGGGUACAAGCAAAGCCACGAGUUCAUCAUUACCCAGAAUCCUCUGCCAAACACCACACUGGAUUUUUGGAGAAUGAUCUGGGAUCAGCACGCACAGAUCAUUGUUUCCCUACCAGAUACACAGAACCUGACCGGAGAGGGAGAAGUGGCGUACUGGCCCUCUAAAGAACAACCAAUACGCUGCGAGAACUUUACUGUGACCUUCAAGGGUAAAGACCAAGUGUGCCUGUCCAAUGAGGAGUCUGUGGUGGUACAAGACUUCAUUCUGAAGGCUUUAACGGAUGACUGCGUGCUGGAGGUACGACUGUACCAGACACCCCGCUGGCCAAACCCUGACAGUCCCAUCAGUAACUCAUUUGAGCUCAUCAACAUUAUAAGAGAAGAAAGUUCACGACGAGAGGGACCAAUCGUCAUUCACAAUGGGUGUGGAGGAUCGAGUGCAGGUGUCCUUUGUGCCCUGACCUCCCUGGUAAACCAGCUGGAGGAGGAGAACCGUGUGGAUGUCUAUCAGACUGCAAAAAUGAUAAACCUCAUGCGACCAGGAGUUUUCAAUGAUAUUGAACAAUAUCAGUUCAUCUACAAAGCGAUCCUGAGCUUGGUGAGCACCAAGGAAGAUGAGAAAGCACUUCACUAUUCAGAAAACAAUGGCACGGGUCCUGUUAACGCCUCAGAAAGCCUGCAGUCUCUUAUGUAGAUAAUAUACACAGAUAUUUCAUCUCUCCUAAAAGAAAUUGUAAAUGAAAUCAAGAGAAAAUAUUUUUAGCAUAAACUUUCCCAAAUUCAAUGUAGGUACACAAUACAAUUUGGUCUUUUAUUGUGCCUUUUGUUACCUUUGUACUUUCAAAUGCUUUGAUAUUUUAUUGUUGUAACUAAUGCCAAAAUUUCUGCACUCUGGAAAACAGUGACCGCUGUAUUGCUGGUGAUGUCUUUGACUGAUUUAACUGUUUUAGAAAUAUUUAUAAGUAGCAGGGGAUUUCAUAUUGUAUCUAUUUUGGGGUUUUAAAGAUUAGAUAUUAAAUGCAUAUUUGAAUGUAGCUUCUUAGGACCGUUCUCCUACACUGUAUAAACAGGUGUGACUUUAAUAUAUACGAUAAGUAUCAGCCACACCAACAUACCAAAACACAUUUAUAUUACUAGAUGUUCUUUAUACUGUUUGUUUUUGUUAUUGUAGCAUCCUUUGUGUGUUCGUUAUAAAAUUUCAAUGUUAUAUGUCUGUAACUGAACAUCCUCCAUCUAAACUAACAGUUUCUUCCAUCGAUUCAUAACCUCUGUUUAGUGGUUUGCUUUCAUUGAAACUUUGUGUAAUGUUUUAGUUCUUUCCUCAACCAUUAACAGGGCUUACUUAGGACAACAAAGCAAAGCACAAUAAAAAUGAUCAAAACAGAA